UAUGUGUUUUUAUAGUACAGCGUUUUUCAAGAUGCUGUCUCUAUGUAGUCGCUAUUUCCCCACAAUUUUUUCCCCACAUAUUUUCAGUAAUACAUUCAAACACUACUUUUGAUAUGAUAAAAAAAAAAUCAAACACUAUUAUUAUAAAACAAUGUCAAAUGUGGUGUGUACACGUAUGUCACUUAAGCGAGAUUAAUCAUUCAAAACUGUGACUGAUUGGCAAAAAAAGCACAACAAUAAGAGAGAGAGGGAGACUCGGUUUCUUUCGGGAUGGAGUCGGAAUCCAAGACAGCCAACCCCCCCCCCCCCCCUCCCCCGGACUGAUCGCACCUCACUGCUCCUCGGAUCGGGUCUCCCGUUUGCUGUUUGUUUACAUUCAAUCAAGGGAGUAGCACGAGGAAGCGCUGCUGGAAUGGAGACUGCAAAUCAGCUCGCAUCUGCGGGGACCUUCCAGGUGCUCAAACUACCUCUGGGAUUUAUCCGCCUUUUGGAAUGGCUAUUUGCCAUAUUUGCCUUCGCAACAUGCGGUGGCUACUCUGGGCAGCUGCGGGUGAGUGUGGACUGCAUGGAGAAGGCCAGCAGCAACCUCAGCAUUGCCAUCGACUUUGCUUAUCCUUUCAGGUUGCACCGGGUGUCAUUUGAAGCGCCCGCGUGCGAGGGCACGAGGAGGGAACGCCUCUUUCUCACCGGAGACUAUUCAUCCUCUGCCGAGUUCUUCGUAACAAUUGCCGUCUUUGCUUUCCUGUACUCCCUGGUGGCCACUGUCGUCUACAUUUUCUUCCAUAACAAGUACCGCGAAAACAACCGAGGACCGUUGAUCGACUUUGUUGUGACUGUUGUGUUCUCCUUCAUGUGGCUCGUCAGCUCUUCGGCUUGGGCCAAAGCUCUGUCUGAUGUCAAGCUAGCUACAGAUCCAGAUGAGGUUCAGCUUCUUAUAUCUGCCUGCAAGGAUCAGACAAAUAAAUGUGGCUCUGUGCAGGAACCCCGCUGGUCCGGACUCAACACCUCCGUGGUGUUUGGGUUCCUCAACUUUGUUCUCUGGGCGGGGAACAUCUGGUUUGUCUUCAAGGAGACCGGUUGGCACAAGGGUGCCGCCAGGUUUGUGGGCGGAGCCUCUGAGAAGCAGAGCGGUACCUUUACCCAGCAGCCCUCCAACCAGGGCAGCUUUGAUCAGUCGGGGAGCUACAACACCCACGCAGACUUGGGCCAGCUGUCCGAGUACAGUCAGGUUGGAGGUCCCUCCUCUUACGCCAAUCAAAUGUAGUUUGCCUUUUUAGUACCGCGAGUGGUACUUGUGCAUUUCAACAUGGAAACGGGUGAGGAAAAGGAAAAAAAAAAUACAACCGAGAAGAGAGAGAAGAGUUUGCACCCAAUGAAUACAAGUUUUGUCAGGUAUAUUUUUUACUUCUUCUUGCUUGGGCUUUUCUUUUCUCCGUGUUUUAUUUUGAAAAGGGUGGAUUAUUACGGUCGAGUGCGUCGUUCUAUUUUACCUCGUAUUUGUUUGGUAAUGUUGUCAAGUAGGUGUGGAGACUGAUGUGUUUCGUAUUUGUAUAAUUCAAACUUGGAAAAUGGUGUCGACUUUGUGCAUGUUCCCGCAUGUGUUUCUAUGGUCUUUGCAAAUCUCUAUUUUUCUUUUUGUUUAUUUUUCACUUAGUCUAGGCCAGCAUGACGUAUGUCAAUUAUGUUACAGUAUGUCUACAGUUUUUCAAGUUACCGGUACAUAUAUUUGAAUCACGUAUCCACGGUUAUGUCAUGUGACUCCAUUAAAAUGCUUAGACAAUGUAGAUAACGCUUUUGCUCGUGUAAAGAGGAUUGUUCCCUUUUAUUCACAAGCUUUUGCAACAAUUUACUUUGAAUGUUGUCCAUGCUUGUGUUAACUUGUACCAAAAAAAAAAGGAGUAGGGCUAAGCUCUAUUAAAGCGUGCCAGCAUGUCACUCCACUGACAUACCAAAAGCCAAAAAAAAAAACAAUUUAGCAUUGGUGGCAUCAUAAGGUUGCAGAUACAUAACACAAAGGUUGCAGAAUUUUUAUUCUGAAUUUACAAUCAAUGACGUCCGUGUUUUAUAUUUCAAGAAGUGAUACUCAACGGUGGCGAUGCUAAAUUGAUGCUUGUUGCAAGGGAAUAUGACAAUUGCAACCCGUAUUUGUUGACCUGGGAGCAUGCGACAAUAAAACAGCUCUUGACGCCCA